UUUCCGGUGAGCAGCGGUAGCCGGUUAUGACGACUCCCUCCUCCGGGGCUCCGGCCGUCUCCCGCUCCUCGGCUCCUGCGGCUUCAGGCUUGUGGAAAUCCAUUCAAGGGAUACUGAAGUAGAGGGAGCCAGUUGCUUUGUGCUACAGGAAAAGGUUCUCAGCCACUGAAGUUUCCAUCUGCCAAAGAAGUGCGCUGAUCCAUCCCUGGGAGGCCUUGCAAAAGGACUCUACACCAGGAAGGCUUUCUGCCAGGCCCCGGGGUUGUGCUUUCAUGCACCAGCAGUCACCACUUUCUAGCUUGUGCAAGUGGGUGUGGAAGUUGCUAUGUUAACAUUGCUUGUCCUUGGAGUAUUACUUCAUGAUGUCUCACUGAGUAGCCAAGAUGAGUCUCCUUCCAAGACUGAGAGCAUGACAGGCACCCCUCUGUUUGACUACGCCAGGAUCCGCCUGCCAGAAGAACACAUCCCCUUCUUUUUGCACAAUAACAGACACAUUGCCACUAUCUGUAAGAAAGACUCACACUGUCCUUAUAAGAAACACUUAGAAAAUCUAAAGUACUGCUGGGGUUAUGAGAAAUCCUGCAAACCAGAGUACAGGUUUGGUUACCCUGUUUGCAGCUACGUGGACACGGGAUGGACCGACACCCUCGAGUCAGCUCAGGACCUCUUCUGGAGACAAGCUGAUUUUGGAUACGCAGGCGAGCGGCUAGAAGAGAUGCAUGUGCUGUGCCACCCUCGGGAAAUGAAUGACUCAAGUCUGGUGUGUUCCCGUUAUCUUCAGUUCUGCAGAGCAGCCCGUCUCUACCUUGAUUUAAGAAACAUCAAAAGGAAUCAUGACAGAUUUAAGGAAAGUUUUUUCCAGAGUGGUAAGAUUGGAGGCCACUGUAAACUUGACAGUCGUACAUUGAUGUCUGAAGGUCAGCGCAAAAGUCCUCUGCAGUCUUGGUUUGCUGAGUUGCAAAGCUAUACUCAGCUCAACUUCAGACCUAUUGAAGAUGGUAAUUGUGACAUGGUUAUUGAUAAGCCAACCUACUUCAUGAAAUUAGAUGCAGGUGUUAACAUGUAUCACCACUUUUGUGAUUUUAUCAACCUUUAUAUUACCCAACACGUUAAUAAUUCAUUCAAUACAGAUGUAUACAUCGUGAUGUGGGACACUAGCUCCUAUGGAUAUGGUGACCUGUUUUCAGACACAUGGAAAGCAUUUACUGAUUAUGAUGUUAUACAUCUGAAAACUUAUGAUUCCAAAAGGGUAUGUUUUAAGGAAGCUAUUUUUUCAUUACUCCCCCGCAUGAGAUAUGGACUGUUCUAUAACACCCCCCUGAUAUCUGGCUGUCAAAAUACUGGAUUAUUCAGGGCAUUUUCCCAACACGUACUAUACAGACUGAACAUCACACAAGAGGGACCCAAGGAUGGAAAAAUCCGAGUCACCAUUCUUGCACGGAGCACAGAAUACCGGAAGAUACUAAACCAAAAUGAGCUUGUAAACGCACUGAAAACAGUAUCUACCUUUGAAGUCCAAAUUGUCGAUUACAAGUAUAAAGAACUUGGGUUUUUAGACCAGCUAAGGAUCACUCAUAACACUGACAUAUUUAUUGGAAUGCAUGGAGCUGGUCUUACCCACUUACUUUUCCUUCCAGACUGGGCAACUGUGUUUGAAUUGUACAACUGUGAAGAUGAGCGCUGCUACUUGGACCUGGCCAGGCUGAGGGGCAUCCACUACAUCACUUGGCGAAGGCAGAACAAAGUCUUCCCUCAAGAUAAGGGCCACCACCCAACGUUAGGGGAGCAUCCAAAGUUCACCAACUACGCUUUUGAUGUAGAAGAAUUUAUGCAUCUUGUCCUUCAGGCUGCAGACCACGUAUCACGACACCCAAAGUGGCCAUUUAAGAGAAAGCAUGAUGAGCUGUAAAUGUCUGAGUCUGUGUGCAGAGAGGGAGUAUUUAAAUGUUCCACCAGACUCACAGUGAAAUCAGUAAAAUAACGUGUUAUUUCUUAGCCCUCAAAUGACCUUUUCUAUGCCAAAACAUGACUUCAGGAUAUUACUUAUGUGUUUCAUAGUUUUCAACUGUUUUAUAUAACUUUUGUGUCAUUGCUAUUUAUCGAGAUACUAUUUUUGCACUGAAAACUGUACUUUUUAUAGUUUGAAAACGGGGUGUGGGCUUGCUGGUAUAGUUGAGUUUUCUUAGGGAUACCAAAGUUUUCAACUUUCUUAGCUUUAGAAUUUAUAAAUGUUUUCGUAGAGUACCUUGUGACUGGAAUUCCAGAGACUUCCAACUUGUUUAUGAUAUAUAUUAUGAUAUAUCUGAGUCCAUUCACAAUAGUUCUUUUGUUUGCCAUAAUUUGCUCAUACCACUGUGGUAGAGAAAGGAAAAAGGCACUACACACACAUACACACACACACACACACUCAGCUAAUGUGAGUCCAAGCUACUGGGUCAUGUGAUACAUCAAGUAGUAUUAUGAAAGAUUGUUUUACUCUAUCAGAGUCCAAAUUCCCACACAAUUCUCUGCCAUAUCUUUUUAGCACUACUAACCUGGAUAAACCAUACUGUUACAGUAAAUUAUGUUCAUAUAUUUCAUAUGCAAAUCACAUGUCCCCAAAAUGGAACAACUGCGUAAUGAUAAAAACAAACUAGAAUAUUCUCCGGGGUGAUUUUGUAUACCUUCUAACUGAUUUCUUCUUAGCCAUGGGGAGUUUUGUGUUGAAUAUAUGUAUCAAAUAGUGGUUUCCAUUGUGCACGUCACUGCCUAGACCACUGUGUAUGUGUCUACCUCUUUUAGCAUGGAAGUAUUCCAACCUUUGAGUUUGCAGACUUCAAGUUACCCCAGGAAAAGAGUUUUUCCCUGUAAAGACCUAAGAAAGUGCCAUUGAUUAAGGAGAAUAUAUGAAAUCCCACUCUUUGAAUGGGAUUUGUUUCUUACUCGUCAUGAACCCUCAGUCUAGUAGUCAAAAACCAUGGAUAUAUUUUACUGAAAAAUGUGAAGUUUACAUUGUAUUAACACUUGAGUAGUCUAAUCUAGAGAAAAACAAUUUCUAUUUUUUAAAUAAGGGAUUAGUAAAUUACAGCAGAAGUAACAUUUUUUCAUGUUUUAGAAUUGUAAAUAAAAAGAAUAUACAAUAGGGAAGUGACCUAAGAAAUCUAAAAUAUUUAUUAUCUGACCUUUACAGAACAAGUUAGCUAACCCCUGCUUUAAGGGGUUAUGAACAGUCUCCUAGACUUUAGGAAUAUUUAUUAAAACAUCUGUAAAGAAAAUAGUGAAUCACUGUGGCAGUAGCUUCAAUUUGUAUCUUAAAUUGUCUAAGAAAGAAUUACAACAUAUGAAUUUUUUGAUGAUAGCUAUCACUGCUUUUCCUUCUACAAAAACUGAGUAAUUAGUGCAAAAAUAUUCCACAGGAAAGGAAUUGGAUAAGUAGUGUUGCACUUUUAGUCGGAGAGAGAGAUCUGAAAAAAUCACCUGAAAAAAAAAAAAAGAGCUUCAUCAUUUAUCUUCUUACCUCAUUGAGAAAGCGUGUGGAAAUGUGAUCCUAUAGACGAAUGAAGAUUUCUGAAAUUGAGAACAGUUUCUUUGUAAAGCUGUUACAGUUGACUAUUUUGCAUUGAAAGAGGAUAUGUUUUAUAUAAGCAAGAAUGUACAUUUGACAUUUUCUGGAAUUAACUUUUAAGAGACUUUUUCAUGGGAGCAAAAGAAAGUUUCCAAAUUAUUAUAAAAAUUAAAUGUAAAGACUACUCUUUUUACUGAUCGAGUCUUUAAAAGAGAUGCAUUUCAUUGUUUGUACAUUUUGGAUAAGGCUUUGGAAUAAAUCUUUGUAUUUUAUUUUAAUAUCAGGUCCAUUUUCAAGGUUUUCCUGUGUCUUUUUUGCUCAUCUGGUAGCUCCGGAUUAUAAAAAUUAAAGUGUCUCACUUAUAAACUCAUGUAAACAAAAAAUACACUUUACAUUCAUUUAGCAGCUUAUUAUAUGAUCUUUCACAUAGGUUACAUUGUAUAAGUCUCACAAAAAUCACAUAAGAAUGUUCCUUUUUUCAUGCAAAUAAAAUCAGAUACUGUU